AAUGAAUUUCAAAAUGGCCGCCAUUACGGUUUAGUGAAUGUUUUUCAAUUUGAAGAGGCAAUUUUGAGGUCUGCAAACGCAAUGAUAUUCAUUCAAAUUGUGAAGAAAUAGUGAGAAAAGUGCUGGAGAUUGUGGAGAAGCAUCAAGAACGGCAAUUCUUCCGUGUCUACUGUGAAAUUUUCAUCAAAGUGAUCAAAGAACAUUUCUUCUGUUAUUUUGCAGAAUAUUUGAAAUUCUUGCAAAUUCUCGAAGGAGUUUCGUGGUGUUGAGAGGAUGUUCUUAGAGGCAAUGGAUUUAGUAGUUUUAGCAGCAAAAGAAGAACUAUUUUAUGCAAAUUGUGAACAAAAGACAUAGAAAAGAAGAGAGAGAAAGAGAAAAGUAGUGGAUUAGUUAGUGGACUCUGUAGAGGUGAGAUUUACCUCCCUCAAAAGGAGAUUCAGUAAUUAGAAUUUCUUUGUUGUGUUCUCUGUGUUUUAACGUGAGAGUAUUUAACAACAAAAAGAAGAAAAAAAAGGAAAGGAAAGGAGAAGAUAAAGAUAAACGAGAGAGGAGAAAGGAGGAGGUUUUUUUUUGGGGUUUCUUUAAUAUUUGUGGAGUUUAUGAGGAAUUCAGCAAUCGUGGCGCAAAAGGAUUGAAUUCCGUGUGUGUGUGUGAAGAGGGAAAAAAAAGAAUCAAAUAAAGAUCAUCAAAAAAGAAGGCAAUGUCAGCCACACUUCAUAUUCCAUCAUCUGGGGGUGGAAUUGUUGUUGAUAGUGGUCAAGGUGGUGGUGGUGGAGCUGCUGCUGUUGCUGCCGGUGAUGGGUAUCAUCAGCAAGGACAGGCAGGAGAUGCUGGAACAGUACCGGAUGCCACUCAGGAGGUUGGAGCUGUGGUUAGUGCUGGAAAUGGGUCAAAUCUCACGGGGAGUGUUAUAAAUUUGGCAACAAAUGAAAUUAUAGCAGCUCCACAGAUAAUAAAACUCGUUAGUUCCGAUGAUGGUGGGGAGCAUCAUCAAAUGGCUGUUGGACAGGAGAUUUCGGGGACAAUUCGUGGGAUGAGUAGUGCUGUGACAACAUCACAGGGGCAGGUGAUUAAUAAUAGUCAGAGUAGCGGCUCGAAGGUGCAUGUUAUAAGCAAUGUGACGCUCGUGUCGAAAGCUCCGGUGGCAACGCAACAAACCAUCAAUUUUGUCAAUACAACGAGCAAUAAAACUCUCAAUUCCAGUGCAAAUAGUGGGGGUGGCUACAUUAAUGCAUUUGUCUCCAAAACAAUUCCACAAAGUGGGAAAAUUGUUAAUCUCGUGAAUCCCAUUAAGGGUACGGCGGGAGGUCAAAUGAUCCCAAAAUCAACGCCAAAUGUUCAAAAAGUCUCCGUGCCACGCAAUGUGCAGGUUCUCACGCGUGUACAGACACUCACGCAUGCCACCCUCGGGGGGAAUAUUAUAAUGUCACGUCUCACGCAACCGCAGCAAUUUCAGCAAGCCACGAAGCAGGCUGCAGUGAAGGCUGCUGCUACAACGGUGGCGUACAAUAGCAGUGGGGGUGGCAUGGGGAAAGCCCCAAAGAUUGUUAGUGGGACAACACAGCAGAUUUUUCAGCCGGGAAUGAAAAUUUACACAGCAGGUAGUGUUGCGGGGCACAAAUUGGCACAAAGUGUGAAGACAGUGACAAAAGCAACUCCCCUGAAGGCAGCCCCGCAGCCCGUACAGAUGAAUAAGAUGAUGAAGCAGGUAUUUACGACAAAUUCACCAGCUCCCAAUCUUGCAUCGCUCACGCAGCAGUAUCCAACGACAAAUAUACCAAAAUCACCGGGAAUUCAAAUUCAAUCAACCCCCAAUUCGGGUGUUCCCGUGAAGUUUAGCAGCUUAGCGCCUGGGCAGCAAAUUAGCAGUGGGGGAACAGCUCAGGUGAGAGCUUUGUCAAAUAUGGGGAAUUUGGUGAUACAGAGUGGUGGUGCACAGAAGAAUUGGAAGGCAACAAAUAAGAUAAUUCAGGUGCAACAACCCAAUUCCCCGAUUGUGUCGCAAACACAGCAAAUAACCCCGGUGGGGAAUCAAAUAAAGAUGCUGCAGAAUGUCACGACGGUGCCGUCAUUUAAUAUCAUUCAAGGGGGUACGAUUAAGUAUGUGAAUGCACAGGGGAAUGUUACGCAACCCCCAGCAACGAAGCUACGAACAAAUUCCACCUCAAGUAUGGUGGGGCAUCAACUAACGCCCGUGUCGACGGCCGCAUUCAUCAACAAUGCAACAACGGAUGUGGCAGCAACAAUUACCGCCGCCCCCAUGGAGGUGUCAAGCAAUACAACAGUCGAUGAUAUGAUGUACAUGAAUGGGAUGUCAAUGGAUGAGGAGAUUUCCGCACGAAUACUCCAAAGUCUCUCCCAGAAGGCUGUAAUAAAUAACAAUCGCUACGUACAGCAGCAAAAGUACUUAAUUUCAUCAACACCGAAUACAGUUCAAACGUCAAUGGAACCCGUGCAAAUACAACAAUACCCCGUGCCACAGUAUCAAGGAAGUGCCGAUGUGAAGCACGGUCCGGAGUAUUUCCGGGUAAAUACGUCGGAUUUGCAAACAACAACAACAACAUUCAUUGAUAAUAUACCCCUUGUGGCGACAAAUGAGGAAUACUAUCAGAGAGAUCAGAACUACGAUCAAGAUGACUACACAGAUGGCGAGGAGCAGAUUACAGCGAAAGACACAAAGUUUAUAAUGCAACAUCCAGCUCUGCAGGAUCAUACGUACGCUGCACCAAUGCCAGAAGGGAUGACAACGCAAGAGGCACCUCAGGAGAAUUUUCAGCAAACAAGUGUGGCAAAUGCAACGGAUACAAGUCUUGCUCACAUCCUCAUGGGAUAUUCAUGCAAUCAACAAAAACAAGAUGAUGACAACAAUUCGGUGAUAAGCAAUGAUUCGAGAAAUGGAAAGAAUCCCCUUGAUAAUGAUUUAGGGGAAGAAACGGAGACAGCACCUGAAGGGGAAGGUGAAGAUGAUUCUGUAACAAGAUGUAUUUGUGAUUUAACUCAUGACGAUGGAUAUAUGAUCUGCUGCGAUAAAUGCAGUGCUUGGCAACAUGUGGACUGCAUGGGUAUCGAUAGGCAAAACAUUCCGGAUGAGUACAAUUGCGAAAUGUGUCAACCACGUCCUGUGGAUAAAGCACGUGCGCGGAAUUUGCAAUUGAUUAAGCGCAAAGAGCAGCAAGCAUUGAUGAUGCUCAAUACAUUGCCACAGCAGACAAUCCCCCUCGAUGGGGGGGUGCACUUGAUUAGUAGCCCCGUAAUGGAGGCACAGCGCGGUGUGGGUGGGGUACCGUUGAAUAGCCUUUCGCCGGGAUCGACGAAGAAGCAGCGGAGUGUCCGGAAGAAGGGUGAGAGCUUUGUGGCGGCUAAACGGCAAAAGCGUGAAAGUAGUGGUGGGGGACGGGCAAAUGGGAAGAGGAAGGAAACGAAGAAGGUGACAAAGAGAAAGGGGAAGCAGCAGCAGAUGCAAAAUGUUGAAAAUGGUGGUGGUGGUGGUUUGGGGGAGAAGACGGUGAUGAAUUUACGAGCAUGGAUUGAGAAUUAUGAGCAAGCUGUAACGAAUCACUACUCCCCGGAAUUGAGGGCACGUCUACAGGCGCUGGGGAAGCAGCAGAGUCAUCAGCAGUUGAAUAGUCAGCAAUAUAAUUUACGGAAUGUUGGGAAUUUGGAUGGGAAGUGUGGAACAGUGCCACAUGCAGGUGGAAAAAUAUUGAUAAGUAGUCAUGAGAUGACACCAAAUACACCAAUUGUGGAGAUUCGGGGGAAGUAUAUGCUUUCGGGGCAGUACAAACAGCAAUUGAUAACAUCGAGCAAUAGUACGAGGAAUUAUGGGUUAAAUAGGAAUCCGGGGCCAUUUAUUUUCUUCUAUCGCCUACCCAAUGAUGGCCCAGAGAUAUGCGUUGAUACACGCACGUAUGGGAAUGAGGCGAGAUUUGUAAGGAGAUCCUGUAGACCAAAUGCAGAAGUUGUGCAUUUUAUUGAGAAGGGAACAAUUCAUUUGUACAUUGUUUCCAUGUUGAAUAUCAAGGAGAGUACGGAGAUAACAAUAAGGCAUGAACCACAUGAUCUCAUUGGGGUCACACAGGGGAGUGUUUUGGCGCCAACAUCAACGGUUUGUGCGUGUGGUUUGACAAAAGAUUGUCUCUUCCCCAAUUCCGGGGCACCACCACUACCCCAACCUGCUGGAGGAGGAAGUGGUGGCAGUACAAAGCCAUCCGGGAAGCGUGUCAAUGGCACGUAUCAUGGAAAGAAUUCAAAGGAAGGUGGAUACAAACGGAGUAAAGCUCUUAGUCGCAAUCGUUCAACUUCAUCGUCUGGGGAGAGCAAUGUUGGGGGACUUUUAUCCCCAAAUGGACAAGUUUUCGUACCCAAUCAAUUGUCAACAACAGCCCUUGCUCCUCCGAGUAUUCAACCACAGCUGUUGGAAGCAGCUGCUGCUGCAUUGUCAUCCCCACAAGCAAGUUUACCGCCAACAGUGACACAAAUGUUGAAUCAAUACCCUCCAUCACCAACGAGGAAUCAUCUAAAUAUCUCAGCAGCUUCCUCGGCAACAACGAUGAGUAUCCCCGAGACUCCGACACUUUUAUCACCCAAUUUGGAGCAGGUGGCAUCCCCAAAAGAACCCAUAAAUGUUGCCAUGUUAUCCCCAAUACUUCCCCCACAAGUUACACCCGAAUCUCCCGUGAAGAUUCCAAAGCCCCCAGAGCUACAGCAACCGGAGAAUCCACAGCAAACUAACGCGCAACCGCCGCCGCUGCAACAACCUGCAAAUCCUCCACCAGCAACAACGACAAAUCCCCCAAAAGUUCCAACAAAGAGGGUACAGAAGCAAAAAUCAGCCCCAACAACGCCACUAAUUCAGGAGGAAUGUGAAAAGAAAUCCCCAAUAAAGGUUGCAGAGCAAGAAAAGCAAUUGGAACAGGGGGCAAAGGAAGCGCCGGAGCAGAGAAAAUUAACGAGAGAAGAGAGAAAAAUGGAAGCAAUCCUCAAGGCGUUUGAGAAGAUGGAGAAAACAUCGCAGAGGAAGCAAGAGUUGAAGCAACAGAAGACAAGUGAUAGAGCAAGCACAAGUGGGGCAUCAAGUUCAGUGUCUCGGAGGAGGAAUAGUUUCUCCCCAUUUGGUGGGGGUGUUGCACAGAAGAUGGGGAAGGAUGAGGAUGACAGGAAAGUAUUGAAUAAUCAUCAGGGGAAGAAGAAGAAGCGCAAAGGGAGUAAAUCGUAUCAGCAAACGAAUACGCAGCGGAAGAGACGUCGUAGUCGGGUUAAUUCAAAUGAUUCAGAUAAUGCAACUUCGGAGGAAUCUGGGGCGAUGCUUUCACCACCACUUCCGGGGCAUUCGCUCUAUCGGCACAGUGAACCAGUUAAGGUGCAACCGGGUGAGGAUAAUGUAGCUGGAAUGCUGUUGGCGCUGGCAAAGCCACCAGGUGAGAGUAAGAUGGAACCAUUGCAUAUUGCAGCUGAUGGGACGGAUGUUUCAGCAACGGGGCCAUUCCAUGGGAGCCCAUUGAGUAGUGUUUGUAUGCUUGUGGAGGCAGCUGUGGCACCGCUUGAGAAUCAAUGUGCUGAGAAUGAUUUUAAGCUGCCCCCAAAGACAAAGACGAAGAAGACAAUAAUGAAUGAAUGGCUAAAUCAAGCUGAUGCAGGAAUUUAUCCGGGAAGUGAAGCAUUUGGGGCACCAGCAUCGAAGAAUUUGGAGACUCUCGUCCAAGCGGCUGUCUCAAUACACGCCCCACAGCACUACAGAGGUGUAGCCAUGCAGGAGGAGCCACAAAAUUUGAGUAUGAUGGCAAAGAAGGUGGAGGAAUUUAUUACGUUGAAUGAUACAAAAGCCCCGCAGGAACAGAGCUUUGGCACGUCAGAGGAUGAGGAGGUUUUGCAGCAGCAGAGGACACAGCAACAGACGGAAGGAACGGCUGUCCUUCAGAUCCCUCCGCCACUUCCAACACCACCAAUGGCUGGUGGGAGUGAGAGUGCAGUGAAGAAGCGUUGGCUGCGGCAGGCAAUCUCCGAGGAGUGCCUCGAUGAGAUGGUUCCAUCGCCACCAAAUGGCUUUAUGACGCCACUGAAGAAGAGACGCUUCACAAGGCAAUAUUCCGAUCAUCCCGAAGAUCUUUCCCCCACACAAACGGGCUUCUUUGCAAUGACACCACAGAGUGAGGAUUCAACGAAGAUUGAAUUCCCCGAAACACCGGAAACGACAGAAACAACAGAAACCCCAGAAAUUGUGGGAACAACUGAAACGGUUGAAAUAAAGACGGAAGAAGAAGUCAAAACUGAAGAGAAUCCCGAAGAAGCAGCAUUUGAAAUUAAAUCAGAAGCCCAGGAAAUGCCCAAGAAUGAGAUUGAAGUAAAGGAAAAUGUCGAAGAAGUCAUUAAAGUCGAAGAGGAGGAGAAGAAACCAAUUGAAGAAGGAAUUAAAGAAGAAAUAAUUGACAAAGCGCCUCAUUCUUCAGGGGAAAUUGAAUCAGAAGUCUUUGACAUUGAACCAUUAAAUGCAUCAAAAGACAUGAAGGAAGACGAUGGGAAUCUUGCUGACAUUGAAGAUGUCAAUAAUGAUGAAAUUGCUGAUCUUCAGAAGAAAAUUCAUUCAUUUCAUGCGGAAAAUAUUCAAAUACUCAAAUCACGGAAUCGCAAAGCAAAACAACGGGCAGCUUCGGAAGAGAAAUGCGAGAGGAAGCUCCUGAAAGUACGAAAGAAGCGUCUGAGUUCCGAUACAGAUGAGCAUGCAAUGAAGACAAAAGUGAAGAAGAUUAAAUCAAGAUCAGCAUCAAGAUCGCCAAAAUAUGAAGCGAAAGAUGAUGCAAAAGAAGCUGAAGCAGUUGCACAGCCAUCAGUACCAUCCAUUGAACUUCCCCCGAGCUUCAAUUCAAGCAUUCCACCACCAACAACAGUUCCAACGUACUCCUCCUACUUGCUGAAUAAUGCAACAAAUCUCAUGACAAAUGUCCCCCCGCCAAAUACCUUCACAAUGCCAUCGAUGUUCAAUGCAAAUUACCCUCCACCACAAAUGGAUGACUUCCAUCGGGGACCAGGGAUGGAAAUGCGUCUUGCAGCGACGAAUGUUCCACCCCCACCACCGCCACAAUUGUCAGACUAUCUCGAUAAAUCAACAACAUUCCGGGAUAUCUUUGCAACGGCCACAAAUCUCCCUCAAGGCGGUGCACCUCCAGUUGCCACGAGAUCACCGUAUUUUGCAACCCUCAAUACGGUUCCCCCGCAACCGGUACCCCCACCAGCUGUACCACCCGUUGCCCCCACAGGAUUCCUCCCGAAGGCAACAUUCACAACACUUGAUCCCAUUCCGGCGGGACCAACACCAGUGGCGGCAGUGCCAACACCGAGAAUUUAUCAAAGGACAGCAAGUGCUGAUCCACGACUCAAUCCAAAUAUCAGUGUACCAGAACCACCACCAGCUCCAAAGAGAAAGCUCUCAAUAACGGAGUAUAGAAAGCGAAAGCAACAAUCGACAGAUUCAUCAACAGCCAAUGACUCAAAAUCCCCACCCGAUACGGCAGAUCAAAAGGAUCUCGAUGGUGAUUUUGGGAUUACAAAGAAUCCCGAUGGGCUGUCGGAUUGCAAAGAUGACAGCAGUAGCAGUGCGAGUGCUACGAAAACUCCAUCAACUCCUGAAGAAAAUGUUCCAUUUAGUCCAACACCAACACUUCUUGAGCUUCAGCAGGAGUCCCUGUCGGAGCGACUGAAGAACUAUAAAAGCCUUCAGGAGCUCUCUGGUGGUCCUUCUGCAAGGGAAUCAUUCAGCAAUCAGGAUGGUUUAGAAGAGAAUCCCAGUGUUUCCAGUACAACGUGUGAUGCCGUAAUCUCAUCCACAGUUGUUGCCACAACAGCAACAACAGACCCAGGUGAGGAGAAGGUGUGUGAGGAUGCUCAAGAAGAAAUAACGACAACAAGUGAAAUUGGGGUGUGUGAUGUGAAAGUUCCCGAAGAGAAUCCCUAAAAAAUAAAAUAAGGAUUCUCUUCUUUUUGUUCCUUCCAUUGAACCCUAUUGGAAUAGUACAAACAAUUCAUGAAGAAAAAUGCGCAUACAAAACAAGGUGAGAAAUCUUACAGAUUUGUAUGAUUUUUUUUAAUAGUGCCAUAGGCCCAACAAAUCAAUGUAAUUGCCCAGAGAUAAACAAACAAACAAACAAAAAAAGGAUAUAAAAGAAAGGAAAGAAAUUCAAUACAUGACAUGCUUUUAAGGCAAGCGUUUAUUUUAUUUUUUUGUGUAAUUUUUUUAUUUAACCAGAACUUUUGAAUAAAUAAAAAAAAGAAAAUCUUCAAGGAAGAUUAAUUAAUAAAUUAACUCAUUUUGAGGAGCAAAGUAUAAAUGAAUUAAAAUGAAAAUAAAGAGAAUGUACAGAGGAAAAUAUUUUGAAUGAUUUUGGGAAGAAAGCCUAAAGGGAGAUUGAAAAAAAUUAUUUUAAUGUACAGAUUUUAUUUAAAUAAUUAAGAAUGAAAUAGUGUUGUAUAUAAAGGUAUUUUUAAUAAUUAAUACAUAUUUCUUUUUUUUUAUUCUUCCCAGUUAAAUAGAAAUAUUUUUUGCUACAUUAUAUACGUAG